CUGCCAUUUCUACCUGCAAAGCACAAUCAGAUGCUGUUGAUGAGCAAUGCGCGCUGUUAAAGCUCGUGGGAGAUCAGCGCCGUACAUUUCCACAACACAGCUCAGCCACAAACUACGUCAACCGCGGGCAAUUGUUCAAAAGUGGCAGCUCGAACAGCCGAGCAGAGCGAACCUAACCCGACGGUCUUGGCUAAACAUGUCAAGAUCUGUUAUACCACAGAACCUCCCAACUGACGUUCGGAUCUGCAUUCAACUGCUUCAAUUAGCCAACGGUAGCCCCACCAUGCACGCAGGGAAUUUGAGCGAUCGCUCGCCAAAUUUCGAAGAAUGCCGAUCGAAACAAUGCUCCGUAGUAGGCGAGUCUCUCAUCGAAAUUUCGGGAUGCUUCCUUGUGCUGCCGAUUCAGCAUCAACUCGUCGCAUUUCUGAACAAUUGUGCAAGUAGUCAGAUUACACUACUAACCAUGCAACGAUUGAGUGCAAUCGUAUCGCCGCGACAAUCUCUCUACAAGUACCAUGGUACAUCAAUAUGUGCCUAUUUACGGAUAUACCUCUUCUGCUAGCGCGUUUAGCACUGUUAUCCGCUCGUGGCCGGUGCUACUACACAUGACGUAUCACCUAUC